AUGGAUUCUCAUUCACUGAAGAAAAACAAGACUUGCACCAAUCCAUCUUGUUUCUUUUGCAGCAUGGAAGAGCCAGAAUCGUCACUCAGGAGAGCGGGAAUGGAAAACUGUUUCAAGGAAAUGCCCCUAACAGAAAACCAAGAACAUGUCUUGGUGCUCAGCGGUCUAUGGCAUAUCGCCAUGACUCACCCUGAUGAUCCAAAGUUCCCGUCUCUCGGCAUCUUCAACUGCAUGGCAAACUUAAUCAACAAGGGUAUUAAUGAUAGAAACUGGCUUUUGAGGGGCCAAAACAUAUAUAUACCCUACUAUGCUGCUCAUGUGAUUGGCUCUUACACUAUGAACAAGGUGGAGUUCGCAGAAAUGGCCGUCCAAUCGGGUGUCAUACCGCCAUUAAUGGAGCUCUUCAGAGGAAAGAUCAGCUGGGUUGAGCAAAGGGUUGCGGUUCGAGCUCUCGGACACCUCGCUAGCUACGAGAAAACGUUUCAAUCGGUGGCGGUGUAUGAAGAAGAGGUUGUUAAUUUAGCCACGACACUCGCUUCUACCUGUCUGGAAGUUGUAUACGUUAACUUUGUAGGAGUGAAGAACAUAGAUAAGAAAUUGAAGUAUCAUUGUGAUUUACUGACUAGAGGUGUUGGGGAUUCGGAGAUGGAGGACCGGAAGGCUGAGGAAUGGGCUAGCCAACUCCAGUGUUGGUCUCUUUAUCUUUUAAAUUGCUUUGCUUGCAAAGAAAGGUGUUUGAAUCUCAUUUGUAGGCAAGAUUUCUUGAGAAAUUUAUGUGACAUGUGGGGAGGAUUGGUGAAUCACACGUCACCUGCUGGGUUUGGCCUUAUUAGAAUCUUGUGUUACAGUAAAGAUGGAAGAAAAAGCAUUGCUGAAUCAAAAGAGAUUAUAGAGACUCUCUGUAAUCUCUCGAGGUCUUCGGAUGAUUGGCAGUAUAUGGGCAUCGACUGUCUUUUGUUACUUCUCAAAGAUCAUUGCACAAGGUACAAAGUUUUUGAGGUAAUUUUCUUUUUUCUUAUGGAUUUGGUUGAACUAGGAAGCCUUGGAGAUAGAUCAAACAUAGGUGAAGCAAUCACAAAGCUGCUACUUUUAGAUCACAAAAAAUGCAAGUUCAAAAACCAGGAAGUUCAAAAAGCUUUGCAAGAGUUAUGGAUUUUGAAAGUAGAGAGGAGGAAGAAGGAGAAACUAAUGAGUGAAGAAAAAGUUGAAGAGAGAAGGGUUAUAGUAGGUCUGAUAAAACAACAAGCAAACCAUAUGUUUUGGUUAGGGGAGAUUGAAGAAGCUGCAGGUAAAUAUUCUGAAGCAUUAGAGUUGUGCCCGUUAAAGCUAAGAAAAGAGAGAAUGGUGCUACAUAGUAAUAGAGCUCAGUGUCAUUUGCUGCUUAGAGACGCGGACUCUGCCAUUAGCGACUCAACUCGAGCUCUUUGCCUCUCCAUGCCUGCAAAUUCCCACAGUAAAAGUCUUUGGAGAAGAUCACAAGCUUAUGACAUGAAAGGGUUGGCCAAAGAAAGCUUGAUGGACUGCAUGAUGUUCAUCAACGGUUGCGUCAAGUCGGGCCAUACAAAGCGCGUGAAGAUCCCAUACUACGCGGCUCGUAUGAUCAGCAAACAGAUGGACGCCACAUGGCUAUUCGCCAAUGCCAAGUCAAAGACAACGAGGGGUCAAGUGCUAAGAAAAGAACAAGAAUCUGACGGCCGUGACUAUGUUAUAAGCACCAAUGGCGAGCAACAACAUGGUGAAAUGAUGAGGAUGAUGAUGGAGAACAAAGAUUUUGUAUCUGGUCUGUCAACCAUUAUAGAAGAACCUUUGCUCGUAAAAGAAGUGAGGAGGAGAAAAGUGGAAAGGGCUAGAAGGAGAUCAAAGAAAGCUGCUGUAGCGAGAUCAAUGUAAGUCCAGUUGGAUAUAUAUAUCUUGGAGCAAAGAUACAGUGUGGGGCAUCAGAUUCAUCAUAUCUGAUAAAAAAAUUUGGACGAGUGCUAAGAUCGUAAAUGCUUGUAAAAGUUUCCAAAAUUUCCAAUUUCGGACGAUUAGUUAGUUUGAUUUCACAGAUGAGCAGGAGAACUGUAGCUUUGCACAGAUUAGCAAAUUUCGGAAUGAAUGGGUAUUUUUGAA